AUGGCUGAUCUCGAAGACCUCAACAAGCCCUUUGACCCUUUUGCCGACGUCGAAGAAGAGCAAGGUGUUACUCAAACCAACUACCUUCAUCUCCGUAUUCAACAACGUAAUGGCAGAAAGACCUUGACCACCCUCCAAGGGUUGCCCAAAGAAAUUGACAGCAAACGUUUAUUGAAGGCAGUAAAGAAGGCAUUCGCCUGUAACGGUACAGUCGUUGAAGACGAGGAGCACGGUGAAAUUAUCCAAAUGCAAGGUGAUCAACGUGUCAAGAUGGCUGAAUUCUUAGUAAACGAAGGUAUCGCUAAGAAGGCUGAAAUCAAGGUUCACGGUUUCUAA